AGUUCUACGCUUAAGUUUUUCCAAUGCUAAUGGGAAACUGCUUGCUGCUGAUUCUGUGGUGUCUCUUGGACAAAAGCUUUGUUUCACCCAUGCACUCUUCAGCGCAAAGCAAGUUGGGGAAAGAGCACCACAGGGGUUUGAGGGACCAGAGGAGACAUGGCUUGUCUGGCCUUCAUCGAGUCAAACGAGGUUGGGUCUGGAACCAGUUCUUCGUGCUGGAGGAGUAUAUGGGGACUGAUCCGCAGUAUGUUGGGAAGCUGCACAGUGACCUGGAUAAGGGAGAUAAUUUGGUGAAGUACACGCUGUCAGGAGAAGGAGUUGGCUCCAUUUUCACCGUCGAGCCGACCACAGGAGACAUCCAUGCCUUGCGGAGCCUGGACCGCGAGGAGAAGCCUUAUUACACGCUGCGAGCCCAGGCCGUGGACGUGUUAACAGGGAGGCCCCUGGAGCCUGAGUCCGAGUUUAUUAUCAAAGUCCAGGACAUCAACGACAACGAGCCCAAGUUCCUGGAGGGCCCUUACUCAGCCAGCGUCCCAGAGAUGUCACCCAUAGGCACAUAUGUUAUGCAAGUCACAGCCACAGAUGCAGAUGAUCCAACGUAUGGAAACAGUGCCCGGAUUGUCUACAGUAUUCUACAUGGACAGCCGUACUUCUCAGUGGACCCCAAGACUGGUGUGAUAAAGAUUGCCUUACCCAACAUGGACCGGGAGGUCAAGGAGACGUACCAGGUGUUGAUCCAGGCCAAGGAUAUGGGGGGACAACUAGGGGGCCUCGCCGGGACCACUAUCGUCAACAUUACCCUGACUGACGUCAAUGACAACCCACCUAGAUUUGCCAAAAGUAUCUUUCACCUGCGGGUUCCUGAAUCUGCGCCAGUCGGGUCCUCAGUGGGGAGGAUUAAAGCACAUGAUCUGGACUUGGGGAAGAAUGCAGAAGUGGAGUACAGCAUUGUUCCUGGAGACAGCAGCUCCAUGUUUGACAUCUACACUGAUGAACACACUCAGGAGGGCAUAGUGGUGCUGAGAAAGCCACUGGACUAUGAAAACAGGAAGGCCUACAGUUUUAAAGUGGAGGCAUCCAACCCUCACCUGGACUCACGCUUCAUGCACCUGGGCCCGUAUAAGGACUCAGCCACAGUGAAGGUCAGCGUGCUGGAUGUAGACGAGCCACCCGUCUUCAGCAGGUCCUUCUACAACAUGGAGACAUAUGAGGACACACCCAUGGGCAUCGUUAUUGGAGCGGUGACUGCAGAAGAUUUGGAUGUAGGGGACAGUCCAAUCAGGUAUUCCAUUGAGUGGAAGAAGGAUGCCGAAAAUUACUUUGACAUCGACCCUGUCGAGGGCACCAUAACCACCAGCGAAGCCCUGGACCGAGAGCGAGCGGCCAAACAUAACAUUACUGUUGUUGCGACUAAAGUUAACAACCCCCUGCUGUACAGUCGAGUUAGUGUCACCAUCAGCGUGCUGGAUGUCAAUGAAUUCCCCCCGGAACUCUCCCACCCUUACGAGGCGUUUGUUUGUGAAGAUGCAAAAGUAGGCCAGGUGAUAGAGAUUCUCAGUGCUACGGACAGAGACAUGCCUCAUGUAGGACACAGAUUCUUCUUCAAAUCUCCACGAGACAUCAGGAACAGGAACUUCACCAUCAGGGACUAUGGAAAUAACACGGCGGGGGUCGUGACCAGGAAAGCAGGCUUCUGGCGGAGAGAGAAGAGCAUGUACCUGGUUCCGGUGGUGGUGGAGGACAGUGGCUACCCCAUCCAGAGCAGCACAGGAACGCUGAGUGUGCGUGUGUGUGCCUGUGAUGAUGGCGGAUCCGUGCUGUCCUGCAGCGCGGAGGCCGUUUUUCUGGCCAUGGGCCUCAGCACCGGAGCCCUGGUGGCCAUUCUGCUCUGCAUGCUCAUUCUGCUGGUGAUGGUGGUGCUGUACGUGGCUCUGAAGCGGCACAAGAAGAAGGACGCACUGAUGUCCUCCAAGGAGGACGUGCGAGACAACGUCAUCCACUAUGAUGACGAGGGCGGAGGGGAGGAGGACACGAACGCCUUCGACAUCGGCACUCUACGCAACCCCAAAGCCUUGCAGGAGACGCCGCCGAGGCGGGACGUCCAGCUCGAGGCCGAACUGGACCUGGACUCCGAAGACAACGAGGACAUCCGGGCUUAUAUCCAGCAGCGGCUGCAGGAGAACCACACCAGCACCUCAGCACCGCCAUACGACUCCUUGGCCACAUACGCCUACGAAGGCGAAGGGUCAGUAGCCGAAUCUUUGAGCUCCAUCGAAUCCUGGGUGCUGGAUGCUGAAGAAGAUUACAGGUCCAUUCAGGACUGGGGGCCACGUUUUAAGACCCUGGCUGGAAUCUUUAGCCAGCGGGAGUCGACCCAGGGUGCAGAAAAACGGCCGGAAAAUAAAGGCAGCAAUCCUCGGGCAGAGGGAUCAGAAGAGCAGCCGGACUGAUGCGAUUUUGUUUAUCACGCAAGCUCUGUGAAAACAGCUGGAACGUUAUCGAUUUGGGGCGUAACGCUCCAAACCAAGACUUGCUAGGGCAGAAGGGAAGUGGUGCAUU